CGACAGAAUGCAGAGAGUUCCAGAUGUUCUCUGGAACAGAAACUCAAGGAAAAAGAAAAGGAAUUUCAAGAGGAGCUCUCCCGUCAACAGCGUGCCUUACAAAUUUUGGACCAAGAGAGCUUGCAGGUGAAAGGCAGACUCACGCAGGAGCUGCAGCAGGCCAAGAACACUCGCAACAUCCUGCAGGCAGAGCUGGAUAAAGCCACAUCCGGAAAGCACCAGCUUGAAAGAGAAUUGGAAGAGUUGAAGCAACAUUUGGGCAAAACCCAAGAGGCCUUACAGACGAGUCAAACCAUGGAAAAUGAGCUGAGGAGGAGCAGUGAGGAAAUGAAGAAGGAAAACAGUUUCCUCAAGAGUCAGUCUGAGCAAAGUGUCAGAGAAGUCUGCCAGCUGCAGGAAGAACUGAAGAAGACCAAGCAGUGUUUGAGUCAGAGCCAGAAUUCUGCAGAGGAAAUGAGGGCUAAGAAUGCUUCUCAGGAAACCAUGUUAAGAGAUCUCCAAGAAAAAAUCAAUCAGCAAGAGAAUUCCUUGACUUCAGAGAAACUGAAGCUUGCCUUGGCUGACCUAGAAAAGCAGCGUGAUUGUUCUCAAGACCUUUUGAAGAAAAGGGAAUGUCACAUUGAGCAACUAAGUGAAAAGUUAAGCAAAACCGAGAGAGAGUCUCAGGCUUUACUGGGUGCUUUGGAGAUAAAAAAGAAAGAAUGUGAAGAACUGAAAGAAGAGAAAACUCUCUUUUCUCACUGGAAAAGUGAAAAUGAACAACUCAUAAAGCAGAUGAAAUCAGAGAAUGAAAUCUUGCAGAGCAAAAUCAGUCAGUUGGAAACUUGUCUUAAGACACAAGAAACAAGAAGCAAUGAAUACAAAGAGAGAGUAAGCACAUUGGAGAUGGAAAGAGGAAGUCUGAGUGCGGAGGUGAAGAACCUUCACAUUGUCAUUGAUAAGAAGACAGUGGAGAUGGAGACCCAGAAAGCAGCUCAGGGAGAAUUCCAGCAGAAAGCCGAGUUGUCAAACCAGAAACAUAAGAGAGAAACAGAAAGCAUGUGUUUGAAGGUUUCUGAGCUCACUGGGCAAGUUGAAGAUCUAAAGCACAAACUUCAGCUACUAUCAAGUGAGAUAACGGACAAAGACCAGCGUUACCAAGACUUGCACUCUGAAUGUGAGAGGCUCAGGGAGCUGCUGACACCUAGUGACUCCUUGGUGACGAACGAGGGUCAUCGCCAAAGUCUUCUGGCUUCUGAGCAGCAGUCUGAACCACAGGUUCUCCAGGGCAGAAGUGACAGCUGUGACACAAACAGGUCAGAAGAAAAUGCUUUGGAAAGCAAAGACAGAACAUCCAAGCAGGAUCUUCGUCCAAUCUGUGAGAGAGAUGUCCAGCAGGACCUGAGCCCAGAUAUGGAGAAAGUGACCAAGACUGAGGCAGUCAUGCUGGUGGGAGAAGGUUCUCAGGAGCAGUCUCCAGAAACCAGUUGUGAUUCCCUAGUGGAAGACAAAGCCCAGGACUUGGCAGGGUGCAUUCUUGAAUCGUCACUUUCUGGUACUAAUGCUUUGGUGCCUAUGGAUUUUCUAGAGACUAGGGUAACCAUUCAGAAUCUCCAGCUGCAGGUAAAAGAGACAUCAAGUGAGAAUUUGAGAUUACUUCACACCAUAGAGGAACGUGACAAAAAUGUUGAAACUUUACUAAGUGAAACAAAAGAGUUAGACUCCAAACUCGAUUUACAGGAAGUACAACUAACUACCAAGAUUGAAACGUGUGGAGAACUGGGGGAGACAGUUGAGGAACUUAAGAAAGAAACACCAGAUUUACUGGAAAAAUUGGAAUCCUUUUCUUGUGAUAACCCAGAGUUCGACCAGAGAGGUGAAAGUUCAGCAGGCCUCAACUCUAGUUUAGAAAUGGGUACAACUAAACUGUCACCUGAAAUUACUGAAGAUAAUGUAGCCGAGGUGAAUGACAAUUGGAGAGAGAGAUUUCUCCAUGUGCAAAAUGAGCUGGAGAGGCUCAAGGCUGAGAAAGGCAACAUCAAGCACUGUGUCCACUCUGUGGAAGCCAACUUAGCAAUGGUGCAAACAGAGAAGCUACGUUUAGAAAAAGACAACGAAAAUAAGCAGGGAGUUAUAAACUGCCUUAAGGAAAAACUCUCUGUGGUCACAAGUGAGAGAAACCAGCUUCACGGAGAAUUAGAUGCUUUGUCAAAAGAAAAUGAAGAGCUGUGCCUGAUGUCUGAAAAGAUGGAGGAGAAAAUACGAGAGCUGGAGUUUCAUCAAGGAGAGUGUCUGUCUCACAUCGAUGUGGCAGACGCUGAGCUGAAGGAAAAGACUCAGCUCCUUCAGACUUUGUCCUCUGACAUAAGCGAGCUGUUAAAAGAGAAAGCCCACCUUCAGGAGCAGCUGCAGAGUUUGGAAAAGGACUCCCAGGCCCUGUCUCUGGGGAAAAAUGAGCUGGAAAGCCAAAUGGGGCGGUUGAAAAAUGAGAAAGAAUUGCUUGUGAGGGAAUCCGAAAGCCUGCAGAGCAAAUUACAUGAAGCAGAACAGGAGAAGCUGACUGUCACGCAAGCGUUGGAGGCUGCCAGGCGAGAGAAGGGCGAGGUCGCUGGGAGGCUGAGCUCCACCCAAGACGAGAUGCAUCAGCUGAGGAAUGGUAUGGAGACACUGAGGGUCCGCAUUGAGGCUGACGAGAAGAAGCAGCGCCGCAUCUUGGAGACACUGAAAGAAAGUGAGAGGAAGAAUCGUUCACUUCAGGCUAGGGUUGAGAACCUGGAAAGCGAAUUGCAGAUGGCAGAAGAAAACCAAGAGAUGGUGAUUCUUGAUGCUGAGAGUUCGAAAGCGGAGGCGGAGACCCUGAAAACACAAGUAGAAUCGAUGACUGAACACCUGAAAGCUUUAGAAUUGGACCUUGUCACGAUCAGGUCCGAAAAAGAAACUCUGACUCAUCAGCUGCAAGAAAAGCAGGGUCAGGUGUCUGAAUUGGACACCUUGCUCUCUUCACUGAAAAACCUAUUAGAAGAAAAGGAGCAAGAAAAAAUGCACAUGCAAGAAGAGUCCAAAGCUGCAGGGGAAAUGCUGGAAAGAGAAUUGAAAGAGCUGAUGAAGGAGGUGGCAACCUUGUGUGAGGACCCAGAUACCAGGAAGGUUCCGGAACAGAGCGCCCCAGUGCAGAGAGUGCGGCAGCUGAGCCAGAGCAUCAAAAAGCUGAAAGACCAACUAGAAGACAAUGACAAGAAGCAGACCCAAGUCUUAGAAAAGCUGCAGGAAAGGAAGCAUCAAGCAGAUAUGCUCAAGGGGGAAGUCGAUCAACUCGAAAAAGAACUACAGAAGUCCAAAAAAACCCAUGAGCGUGCGACUCAGGAGGCAGAGAACUCCAAAGCAGAGGUAGAGAAGUUAAAAGCCAAAAUAGAGGAGAUGGCCCCAAGUCUGAGAGAUCUGGAAGCAGAUCUUGGCAACCUAAGGUCAGAAAAAGAAAAUCUGAUGAAAGAAUUACAAAAAGAGCAAGGGCACGUAUCCGAAUUAGAAAUAUUAAAGUCUUCAUUUGAAAAUUUGUUGCAAGAAAAACAGCAAGAAAUUGUC